GAAUUCCACAGUGUUAAAGGUCAUCAUGGUGGGCCUGGCUGUCUUCCUGGCAGUAACACUCCUCUCAGGAGCUCUGUGGAUGUGGAAGAGGAAGUCGAGCUCAGCUAAUGGCCACAGCAGCACUGGCAAGAGUGGACAGAGUGUUCCAAAGCCUGGAGAUGACACAUACACAGCACUGAACCCCAUGAAUAUGUCCCCGGAUUAUGACACUCUGCAAAAUGUUCAUGACUCUGCCAGUGACACUUACACAACUCUGAACCCUGCAACCAUGUCCUCUGAUUAUGACACGCUGAGGGGUGUGGCUCCUCGACUCAGUGAGGAGAAGUACUCCAGAACUGCAGAAUGAGAACGGACAGUUGAGUUUGGUUAGUGACUUUACAUUCAGCAUCAUGAACAGCACAGGAAGGUGCUCAGGGUGAGAGUUUUAGGAUUAGAGUUGAGGAUUAGAGUUAAACGGCAUUAAGACGUCACAGCAAACUAAAGUCUGUCUUAAGUAAGUGUCAUUUGUUUAUGUUUUUCAAGCAGCUCCUUUAGAUUCUCAGGUGUCUUUCUGUACAUUAUAGAUAUGCUCCGCACUUAUAUAGCGCGUUUUAUAAUCUUAGCAGUUCUCCACUGUUUGUCAUUCACCCAUUCACACACACACACCAGAGCUGCCACGCAAGGCGCUAGCCAGCCAUCCGGUGCAACUUGGGGUUCAGUGUCUCGCCCAAGGACACUUCGUCAUGUGGAGUCAUGUGGGCCAGGAAUCGAACCUCCAACUCUUGACUGACCUCUGUUAAUCUCUGUUCAUGCUAA